AUGAGUCUCGAUGUGAGAGCUGAAGUUAUAAUUGACACUCCACUAGGUAAAUUACGGGGUAGGAAAACAGUCACAUAUAAAAAUUUCCCAUAUUACAGUUUUCAAGGAAUACCAUACGCAAAACCACCUGUUGGAAACUUAAGGUUUAAGGAUACAGAACCAGUAGAACCAUGGAGUGGAAUACAUGAUGCUACACAAGAGGGAAAUCGAAGUCCUUCGUUUACCGACGAACAUGUAGUCAUUGGGAGCGAGGAUUGCUUAUAUUUAAAUGUCUAUACACCAAAGCUACCUGAUCCAAGCAUAAAAAAGAAACCUGUCAUGUUUUGGAUUCAUAGCGGAGGCUUUUAUCGUGGCUCUGGAAAUGCUGAUUUAUAUGGACCCGAUUAUUUAAUGAGUGAAGAUGUUAUACUUGUUACCAUCAAUUACAGAUUGGGCGUGUUUGGGUGGUUAAUUAUCGAAGAUAACUCGCUCGGUGUACCAGGUAAUUUGGGGCUGAAAGAUAUGAUAACGGCUUUAAAAUGGGUUCAAAACAAUAUUGAAUGCUUCAAUGGUGACCCAGAUAACGUAACUAUCUGGGGACAAAGUGCCGGCGCUAUAUCAGCUCAUUUUCUAGUAGUAUCUCCCGCAGCUAAAGGACUCUUCCAUAAAGCCAUUAUUCAAAGCGGCACAAGUUUCAUUGGAUUCGAUCCAAAUAUUAGAUUUAUGUAUGCUGUUCCAAAACUGGUAUCCUUUGCUGGUCUAGAAACAAACAGUGAAAAAGAAGCGUAUGAGUAUUUAAAAACGUUAACAACUGAGCAGAUAGUUUUAGCAUUUAUUCAAAUUCAAAAGUAUAGUGAUACUAAAUACGAAGGUGUUAGUGGUCCUAUCAUUGAAACGAUACCAUCAGAAUCAACAAUCAUUGAUCAAGAUCCUGAAUUAUAUUACCUGCAAAAUCGUGCAAAUACUGUACCAAUGAUUAUUGGUUCAAAUACAUUGGAUGGCAUGGUAUAUGCAUCCAAAAGAAAUCCUGAUGGUGCAAUACAAACUGACAUUUUGAAUCCAGAGGUACUUGUACCAUAUGAACUAAAUAUACCUCGAGGAAGUUCCAAAAGCAUAGAGUUGGGUAAAAAAAUUGUUGAUUUUUACUAUGGAAAAGAAACUCCAUCUCGUAGAAAUUUAGACAAAUAUUCAAAGGUAUGCAUGACUGAUUUACCUGGUGUUUGUCAUGGCGAUGAAUUAACAUAUUUAUUUAGAACAAAAUACUCACAAACUUUCAAGUAUGGCAGUCCAGAAGAUUUCACACAAUAUCGUUUGAUUAAAAUGUGGACAAAUUUUGCUAAAACUGGAAAUCCAAAUUCAGUUGAACCUGAUCCACUAUUGAGAACAAAAUGGUUGCCAGUAGAACCUGGAAAACUCAAUCACUUGUUUAUUGGAAAAGUGUUGUUUUUGAGUUAUAUUUGUACUUUAUUAAAAAUGGAUCGCAAUGCGAGUGCUGAAGUUAUAAUUGACACUCCACUAGGUAAAUUACGGGGUAAGAAAACAGUCACACAAAACGGUUCCCCAUACUACAGUUUUCAAGGAAUACCAUAUGCAAAACCACCUGUUGGAAAAUUAAGGUUUAAGGAGACAGAACCAUCAGAACCAUGGAAUGGAAUUCAUGAUGCUACACAAGAGGGAAAACGUAGCCCUUCUUUUACUGACACAAAUGUGGUAAUUGGAGAUGAAGAUUGCUUAUACUUAAAUGUUUAUACACCAAAGCUACCUGAUACAAGCACAAAAAAGAAACCUGUAAUGUUCUGGAUUCAUGGUGGAGGCUUUUAUAGUGGAUCUGGAAAUGCCGACUUAUAUGGACCCGAUUAUUUAAUGAGCGAAGAUGUCAUACUUGUAACUUUCAAUUAUAGACUAGGCAUAUUUGGAUGGUUAACUGUUGAAGAUAGUUCGCUCGAUGUACCAGGUAAUGUAGGACUCAAAGAUAUGAUAACGGCUUUAAAAUGGGUUCAAAAUAAUAUUGAAUGUUUCAAUGGUGAUACGGAUAACGUAACGAUUUGGGGUCAAAGUGCGGGCGCUACACUAGCUCAUUUUCUAGUAGUAUCUCCCGCAGCUAAAGGACUUUUCCACAAAGCCAUUAUACAAAGUGGUGCAAGUUUCGUUGGAUUCGAUGCAAAUAUUAGGUUUAUGUAUGCUCUUCCAAAACUGGUAUCCUUUGCUGGUCUAGAAACUAACAGUGAAAAAGAAGCGUUUGAGUAUUUAAAAACGUUAACAACUGAACAGAUAGUUUUAGCAUUUAUUCAACUUAAAAAAUGCAUUGAGAUUAAAUACGAAGGAACCGGUGGUCCCAUCAUUGAGACAACACGCACCAAUGCAACAAUCAUUGAUCAAGAUCCUGCAUUAUAUUACCUGCAAAAUCGUGCAAAUACUGUAUCAAUGAUUAUUGGUUCAAAUACUGUGGAUGGCAUGGUAUAUGCAUCCAAAAGGUAUCCAGAUGGCGCAAUAGAAACUGAACUUUUAUUAAAUAAUAAUCCAGAAGUAUUGGUACCAUAUGAACUAAACAUACCGCGAGGAAGCUCAAAGAGUAUCGAGUUAGGUAAAAAAAUUGUUGAGUUUUAUUAUGGAAAAGAAACUCCAUCUCGUAGAAAUUUUGACAAAUAUUUAAAGUAUCAAAAUGACAUAAAAUUUAAUCUUCGAAUAAAAAGGACUAUAAAAUUACAUCAAAAUGUGUCAUCAAAUCCAAUAUAUCUUUAUCGAUUUGGAUUUGAAUCACCAUACAAUUUAUAUAAAAAAAUGUUCGGCCUAACUGAAAUACCAGGUGUUUGUCAUGGCGAUGAAUUAACAUAUUUAUUUAAAACACAAUACUCACGAUCAUUCAGAACUGGAAGUCCAGAAGAUAUCACACAAUAUCGUUUGAUUAAAAUGUGGACAAAUUUUGCUAAAACUGGAAAUCCAAAUUCAAUUAAACCUGAUCCAUUCCUGAAAACAAAGUGGUUGCCAGUAGAACCUGGAAAACUCAAUCACUUGUUUAUUGGAAAAGUGUUGGUACACGAAAAAGAUGAGCCAGAUUUGUCAAGAAUGAAGUUUUGGGAUGAAUUCUAUGAAACAUAUUUUCAAGAAUAUUAUCAAGACAUGAAAGAUAAAGAAGAAAAUAUACCUCAA